CCCCGUGCACGCGUCCAGCCUGCUGCGCGCGAGGGGGAGCGGGGGGCUCGGCAAGAGGAUCCAGGACAAGAUCCAGAAGUUCAGGAAGGACGAGAACGCGAUGCAGAAGCUGAUGGGCGUGGGAGCCGUGGGAUACAGCGCGGUGAAGAUGUCCAAGUUUGGCGCCGUGGUGAAGUUCGCGUUUCCGGUGCUGAAGCUGACUAAAGCGAUGCCGUUGAUGUCGAUGGCGUUAUCGACCGUCUGUUACAGUUGUUUCUUCGGGUUCCCAUUUGCAGUGGGCAUGGUGAGUUUGAUGUUUACGGGGCAGGCGUCGCGCGCGCUAUUGUUGAAGAGAUUUGGUUGUGAGGUCGAGCCCAUGGUCAUGAUUCCGUUUUUCGGCACGAGCAGCUCAGGCAGUUCAGAUUAUACAAAAUCGGAAGAGUACGUCUUGCAAGGCCAGCCUUUCAAGAGGUGUCUUGUCAUUAUCUCUCCCGUGGUCGGCAUGUUCCUCUUUACAGCUUUGGCGCCGUUGGGCGUGGGUGGAAUGAUGAUGGGCUCACAGUGCGGCUACGCGGUGGCAAACACCGGCUUCUGGAUAGGCAUGUUCAGUCUGAUGCCGAUGGGGGACAUGACGCCAGGCGGGCAGCUUCUGGGCUUCUUCUCCCGGAACGCACUGCUGCUCGGGACCGUGUUCAACCUAGCGGCGUGCGCCGUCCUGAGCAGCCCGAUGCUGUAUCUGCUGUUCUUCUUGAACGCGUACCGUCUGUACAGACGGGGUUUCGUGCUGUUCGGCCGGCAGUUCGGGGGAGACGAGGAGGGUGGCGACGCGCACCAGUCCGGCCUGAGCGCCCACAGCUUCACGGACCAGCAGAAGGCCGCGGUCGCUGCGAUGUACUGGGGGCUGCUCCUGCUGAACGCGGGCGGCAUGGCUCUCGUGUCGAAGUCGCUCCUGAGCCCGCAGACGCUGGUCGCCCAGCAGCGGGAGGAGGAGCGGCAGAGGCGGCUGCUCGCGCCCGAGGAGGAGGGCGCGGCGCCGGGCGGCGCGGCGGAGCCCGGCUGGGGCGGCCUGGGCAGCUGGGCCCUCAGCAGCCUGGAGGCCGUCGAGGAGAUGGACCGGGACGACCUGGAGAAGGAGCUGGAGUGGCAGAGGCAGCUGGAGGCGUCCCGGCAGGUGCCCGCAGAGGAGCUCUUCCGCCAGCGCUGA